AUGAUCCACGCUUCCACGUUCGAGUCUAAAGUUGCAAAGAAGAGGGAGAGAAAAUUAAAACAUGGAAAGACAUUAAGUAAGAAAUGGGAGACUCUACAGCGAUUGAACCAUGAAGAUGCAUAUCGAAUUCAGUCGCAGACGCCAGUUAAAGAUAAACGAAUUGUAAAAUAUUGGAAGAAAAGAAGGUCGUUAUUUUCGAAAAUUGAUUCCAAUAACAUAUAUAUGACGAAGGAAUUAUGGUUUAGUGUGACUCCCGAGACUAUCGCUAUCUUUUUAGCUAAAUUCAUUAGAGCUUGUAUGCCGCAGGCGACAAGUAUAUUGGAUGUAUUUUGCGGUGGUGGUGGGAAUACUAUUCAGUUUGCCAUGCAAUUCCCCAAGGUUUAUGGAGUGGAUUUAUCUAUGGAACAUAUUUAUUGUACUAUGAAGAAUGCCAGGGCCUAUGGAGUGGAUGAUAGAAUAUGGUUAGAAUGUGGAUCCUGGAAUAAGAUAGUGAAAAAAGGUGUGUUUCAACAUGUUAAAGUGGAUUGUAUAUUUGGUUCGCCACCUUGGGGUGGACCACAAUAUUUGAAGCAAGAUGUGUAUGAUUUGGAGACAUCAUUGGAGCCUAUGGGUAUUGAAAAAUUAUUAAAGAGUUUUUUAAAAGUGUCAUCCAAUGUUAUUCUUUUCCUACCGAAGAAUUCCAAUUUGAAUCAAUUGGCACACGUCACAAGGAAACUCUUAGGUCCAUAUGCCAAGUGUAAAGUUCUCUAUGUGAAUGAAAAUGGAUACACGAAGGGAAUGUUAUGUAUGUGGGGGGAUAUAUUAACCAAUUAUCAGGAGACCAUGUCUUCCUAUAAUAGUAGCGAUAAGCAAGAGGAGGAAAAAAGUGAAGAAAAUAAGAAAGAACAAAAGACCGAUGAGUCGAUAACAUCAGUGUAUUACGAUGCGAAUGGAUGA